CGCAGACAAGAUGGGAACCAUUUUGCAAAAUCUGUUGUUUUGGUGUUUUUGGUUAUGUCGGUGAAAUCUGCCGUAACCUUAGGUUAUUUACGGACUAUAUACAUACACCACCAGAAUUGUAUGCGAACGUUCACGAGGUGGGAACAACGCAGCUAGCUACUGAGUACUAGAAACCGGCGUGACGCCGUAAGAAAGACCUAUUGGUGAGCAGCUGCUCUGCAUUAACGCAUGCGAUAGAAGCCAUCAUGGAGGACGAUUCGUUGCGAGAGACAGACAAGGAGCGAUUUGCAAGGCCGCAAGAAGGAAUGAGAUGCAAGGACUUAACCAGCCGAGACCAAGAUCUACACGCAAGGGAGAGCCACUGUGAGAUUGAGCGGAAACGCCGUGUUAAGAUGUCGACGUAUAUGACCGAGUUGGCAGACAUGGUGCCGACAUGCAGCGCCCUCGCUAGGAAGCCAGACAAACUAACCAUCCUGCGCAUGGCCGUUGCACAUAUUAAGUCACUCAGAGGCACAGGGAAUACGAGCUCGGAGGGCACAUACAAGCCGUCGUUCCUCACCGACCAGGAGCUGAAGCAUCUCAUCCUGGAGGCUGCUGACGGAUUCCUGUUCGUCGCCGCGUGUGACACGGGGCGGAUCAUCUACGUGUCCGACUCUAUCACUCCCGUGCUGCUGCAGUCUCAGAAUGACUGGCUUAACUCGUCACUGCUGGACCAGGUACAUCAAGAAGACGUUGAGAAGGCCAGAGAGCAGCUGUCAACCUCGGAGAGCAACAGCAAUGGAAGAAUCCUCGACUUGAAGACUGGCACAGUGAAGAAAGAAGGCCACCAAUCGACCAGCAGGAUAUGCAUGGGAUCGCGACGUGCCUUUAUCUGCCGAAUGAAGUUUGGCAACGUGCAGAUACCGGUGAACAGCUCAGCGCAGGCGAGUCGCAUGCGCCAUCGCAACACUCUCGGUGUGUCGAGAGACGGACAGCAUUAUGCCGUCGUGCACUGCACAGGCUACAUCAAGAACUGGCCGCCAUCCGGCAUCCAUGUUGACAUGAUGGACAGUGACGGUGAACGCUCAGCCUCUCACAGCUGCCUCGUCGCGAUUGGUCGAUUACAAGUCACAUCGUCGCCGAGUUGUGGUGAUCUAAAUGGACCAAACCCCCCUGUAGAAUUCAUAUCCAGACACAACACAGAUGGAAAAUUCACUUUUGUGGACCAAAGAGUGACCGGCGUGGUUGGCUACGAGCCAUACGAGCUGCUCGGCAAAACCUGCUACGAAUUUUUCCACCCUGAGGACCAGACUCACAUGAAGCAGAACUUUGAGCAAGUGGUGAAGCUGAAGGGGCAGCUGGUGUCGGUGAUGUACCGCUUCCGCGUGAAGAACGGAGAGUUUGUGACGAUGCGUACAAGCUGCUUCUCGUUUCUAAACCCCUACACGGAGGAACUCGAGUACAUCGUUGCAACGAACACGCUAGCAAAAGCGAUUCAGCAACAGCAGCAGCAGCAGGAGCAGUCAGGCACCACUCCACCACGCCAUAGUGGGUACAACACUGCCAACCUCAGCAGCACUUAUUCCCUACCUACUGGAGACGUCUACGGCCUAAUGAGCAGAGGCCAGCAGAGCGCAGCGCGGCCAAGCGACGCCUACGAGGGCUACAGCAGCGGCCACUCGACCAUCGCCUACGCGGGCACGGGCAGCAGCCUGCCACAGGUGCAGAACCUAGCCGCCGCCGCCAAGAAUGCGUCGACCACGUCCAGCCCCACCGCGUGGAGCUCGCCCAGCCAUCAACAGUUCAACCAGACGGGCGGUGAGAGCUCCAGCAGCUAUGGGUCAGUUCCCUACAGCUCCACAUCGGCGGCUGGCUCCCCCUACUCACAGAUACCGCAGCGUGUGAGCGCUGCUGAGGCAGCCGCUAGUGGUGCUUACAGCAGCCAACAGCUGUGGCAGCAGCAGUGGCAGCAGGCCAACUCUGCUGCAGGGGUGCAGAGCGCAGACACACAGGUGCCGCCACAGGGCAACACGCGACAGCCGGCGGUGCAGUCCGGCUCGGCGGCGCAACCUGGCGAGCAGCAGUUCACGGAUAUGUUCCGCAUGCUCGAUCAGUCGGGAACAUCGACGUUCGAGGACCUCGCGAUGUUCAACACGUUCCCAGAUCAGUAGUAGGGGCAGGUGCGUUGUUCGUGCAACGUCUUUUUGUCGUAACCAAACCUUGGAUACGGGGAUUAGUUUUUGGGCGCGUGUCACCUAGACGCCAUUUCCCGUAAUGUGGAACAUGACAUAGUAUCAAUAAAUCAUGGCUCUUUGUCGCGCGCUAAUGUGCGCGUGAAUAUCGCUGCUGUCGAAAAGACUCCAACUACUAAACUCUAAGACGCAGUACAUUGACACUACUUGGCAUGACGGUAGUGGGAGAGAUUCUCCUUGGUCCAAUACAUGCAAGAUGUCUGUGCCGGCAGCUGUACUUUGCAAGCACUUGUUAGUUACUGGAGUACUUGUUUGAUCUGGAUGGUAUUAUGAUAUUUAGUAUGACAGCUUAUUACCACGUAUCUAUCAUGCAUACUGCCAAACUAACCAUUCCAAGAGUUUUGCGUGUCUGGUGAGUAGUGAAGCAUCAGCAAGCAGCAUCAUCUCUAGAGGACAGCUAAAGUGAGUAUUUCCAUCAAAUUUCUAACAUCUACUACUUUACUGUGAUAGUGACAAAGUUGAUAGUAGCACACCACAGCUAUGAUGGAUGGUCUAAGAACUAGUCGGGAGGCUAAUAUUACACUGUGAAAUAGAUUGUCCAGAAUGGUCUCUGCACUUGGUAUGUAUGCAAGAAGUCCUACAUUUUCUUACUCCGAGGAAAUCCUGUGGCAAAAGUACAACCACUGCUAAGGUCCACGUCAUUAAUGUGUACAAAAUAAACAACAAAGUUCGUGUCAGUUGCAAAAUAUGGUUUAUCUGAUGUCAUGAUGAUGUGUUAUUUGGCGUGUGAACACGAACACAUUCUGUUAGCUCUUCGUCACGAUACAUUUACUUAUCUCUUAGCUUAUACCGCUGUUAAUAAAAAUGUUAUAUUAUUCCUGCAGUAAAAAUGAUGCAGUGGCUUCCAUUGCAUUUUUAUUUGACUAA